AUGGAGGCGUCUAGAAUUGAGCCUGGGUGUAGGGAAGACCGCGUGGACCACUUAUGGACCCAAAUUCUACGUUUCUAUUUCCCACUAAGCGGGAAUUUUGGCAUCGAGCGGGAGCCAUACACAUCGGAAACUUCCCGCGGCAAGGUCGAUAUUGUCGUCACAGGUCUAAUAGAUGACAAGAUCUACAAGCUUUUGUUUUUCGAAGCGAAACGCCCUUCGCAUACCAUGCGAUCCCGUUUGGUUACAAAAGCCUGGAGUGGUGCUGAAAGUGAGCUUCAAAAAAACAUUCACAAGUGGAGGGAACGCCGAAGCUCAAUUCCUGUCGCUGGGAUAACAGCCAUCGGUGAUAAAUUACGAACUUAUGUAAUUCCUGAAGGCCAAUCUAAUCUGGAGGCUUUUGAUGGAGAUGAACCUUUGUCUCUAAAUUCCGAUGCGGACCGUGUCCAUGAGAGGCUUUCCAACAUUCGCAACAGGAUCAAAUCAUAUAUGGAGUGA